AAUAAAGAAGUGGAACAGAAUUCAGUCAUUCGCAUAUGAGUUUGGAUUUGGUUAAAAGUUCAACGCAUUUCAAGUUCCGAAGCCAAAAGUUCAACAAAAAACCUCCAAAAAAGAACUCAGCUUUUAACAGAUCCCUUCCACUUCAAGCUCAGAAUCCAAUUCCUUAUUCCUCUCCCUCUCCUAUUUCAGAUUUUCAAUCCAACAAUUCGAUCUGCCCAGGAAUCUCUCUUUCCCUUUCAUGGCCGAUCAUUUCCAUUGCCUUUUCACGUAAUAGCAGUCUGUUUUUAUUCUUCGAAUCCAAUUCCUCUUUUAAAAAAUAAAAAAUAAUGGUUUUGGUUGCGGAGUCGAUGCAGUUUAAUACUCUGCGAUCGGAUCCUGCUGAUUAUUUCUCCUAGUGAACUCAUCCUUGGAGGUGCUUAGCAGGGUUUGGCUCAUGCUCUCUAGCAAUUUAAUUGUUAGCGUUUAGUUCUCUUGUAAUGCAAUCGUUUGACGAGAACGAGAACAAUAAAUUGAAGCGUUUGAGACCAUUCAGUAACGACAUGCCUGUGACUGACACCAUCACCCCUCAAAAUCUUGAUGACUGCAUUUUUUUCCCUGUUGAGGAGAUUGUACAAUCCCCAUUGCCAGGAUGCGGUGCACCCACUUCAAUUAGUUUCAGUCCUGAUGAUACUUUAAUAACUUGCUUGUUUAGUCCUGAUCAAACUUUGAAUAGAAAGGUGUUUGCUUUUGAUCUCAAGACUGGCAAGCAGGAAUUGUUUUUUAGUCCCCCUGAUGGUGGACUUGAUGAGAGUAAUAUAUCGCCAGAAGAGAAGUUGAGAAGGGAGAGGUCCAGGGAACGUGGACUGGGAGUGACACGGUAUGAAUGGGUGAAGACAAGCUCAAAGACGAAAGAAAUUAUGGUGCCUUUGCCUGCAGGGAUUUAUUUCCAGGAACUUUUCUCAUCAAAAGCAGAGCUUAAACUUCCUAGCUCACCAUUUUCACCAAUUAUUGAUCCACAUCUGUCCCCUGAUGGUACCAUGCUUGCUUAUGUAAAGGAUAGUGAGCUGCAUGUUUUAAAUCUCUUGUACAAUGAACCCAAACAACUAACACACGGUGCCCAGGGAAAUGUAGUGACUCAUGGCCUUGCUGAAUAUAUAGCUCAGGAGGAAAUGGAUAGGAAAAAUGGAUACUGGUGGUCACUGGACAGCAAAUUCAUUGCAUUCACACAAGUUGAUUCAUCUGAGAUACCUCUUUUUAGAAUAAUGCACCAAGGUAAAAGUUCUGUUGGUGUAGAGGCACAGGAAGACCAUGGUUAUCCUUUUGCGGGAGCUUCAAAUGUCAAAGUUCGCCUUGGGGUAGUUUCAGUUGCCGGUGGUCCUACCACAUGGUUGGAUCUUGUCUGUGGAGGAACAGGAGAACUUGACAAUGAGGAGGAAUAUUUGACCAGAGUCAAUUGGAUGCAUGGAGAUAUCCUCAUAGCUCAGGUUCUGAACAGGUCUCACUCCAAAUUAAAGAUCCUGAAGUUGGAUAUUAAGACAGGGCAAAGAAAAGUUAUAUUGGUGGAAGAACAAGAUACAUGGGUUAACUUACAUGAUUGCUUCACUCCUUUGGAUAAAGGUGUUACUAAAUACGCUGGAGGAUUUAUCUGGGCAAGUGAAAAAACAGGAUUUAGACAUUUGUAUCUCCAUGACGCAAAUGGCACAUGCUUGGCACCUAUCACUGAAGGUGAAUGGAUGGUUGAGCAAAUUGCUGGCAUAAAUGAGGCUGCAGGGCUUGUGUAUUUUACUGCAACUCUAGAUGGACCUUUGGAAUCUAACCUUUACUGUGCUAAACUGUACCCAGAUGGCAACCAGAACUCGCUAGGCCCAUUGAGAUUAACGCAUGGUAAGGGGAAACACGUGGUUGUACUUGAUCACCACAUGCGCAAUUUUGUUGAUAUUCAUGACUCCCUUGACUGUCCUCCUAGGGUUUUGCUGUGCUCCUUGCGUGAUGGAAGUGUAAUUAUGCCUCUGUAUGAACAGCCAUUAGCCAUUCCUCGAUUUAAGAGGCUUGAACUUGAGCCUCCAGAGAUAGUUCAGGUUCAUGCAAUUGACGGGACCGUAUUAUAUGGUGCUUUAUAUAAGCCUGACCCAACAAAAUUUGGACCACCACCAUACAAAACCUUGAUCAAUGUGUAUGGUGGUCCAGGUGUACAAUAUGUCUGCGAUUCUUGGUUAAAUACAGUUGACAUGAGAGCUCAAUACCUACGGAGCAAAGGCAUUCUAGUAUGGAAGUUAGAUAAUAGAGGAAGUGCUCGACGUGGGCUAAAGUUUGAAGGUGCCCUCAAAUACAAUGCUGGCCAUAUUGAUGCUGAUGAUCAGCUUACUGGAGCUGAAUGGCUUGUCAAACAAGGGCUAGCAAAAGUUGGCCAUAUUGGGUUGUACGGAUGGAGCUAUGGGGGGUAUAUGUCAGCUAUGAUGCUGGCCAGGUUUCCUGAUGUCUUCCGUUGUGCUGUCUCUGGAGCGCCUGUGACGUCAUGGGAUGGAUAUGACACAUUUUACACUGAGAAGUAUAUGGGAUUGCCCUCUAAGAAUCCUACUGGUUAUGAGUACAGCUCUGUGAUGCAUCAUGUGCACAAGUUAAAAGGGAAGUUAUUAUUGGUGCAUGGCAUGAUUGAUGAAAAUGUGCAUUUUAGGCACACAGCAAGGCUUAUCAAUGCGCUAGUGGCAGCUGGAAAACCCUACGAGCUACUAAUCUUCCCAGAUGAACGUCACAUGCCACGCCGGCACAGAGACCGAGUUUACAUGGAAGAAAGGGUUUGGGAAUUUGUCGAGAGGAGUUUGUGAAUCGUGAAGUAAAAUAUUGCUUGUAGGUUGUUGAUAAGGGAGGGUUCACUUUGGUGCGACAAUAGUUUGCUCCUUUGUGACUAGAAGGUCACCAGUUGGAGUCGGGGAAAAGAUCCUUUGCGGGUGGGGGGAAGAUGAAGAUCACAGGUUGGAGUCAGUCAUGUAAACAGCAGCUGUUGUGGAGAAGAUAUUCUGGGUUCACUUCAAAAUUUCUUUUACAUUGUAUAAUAUGUUUGGGACCAGUACCCUUUUCACUAGGUCUCAUAAUAAUGCCCAUGUAUUAAAUU